UUAGAUAACUUAUAAGUAUGGCAUCGCUAUUAAAAUUCGUAAUUAAUCCUGUUGAGUUGCAAGACAUGAUUAAAAUUAAACAUGAUUUAGCCGAAUCGUCGAGACGAUUGCAUUUUAUCGCGGCUCGUAAAAUUCAGGCUUGGAUCCGUGGCAUCAUCACUCGUAAUCAUCUCCGUAGGCUUCAUGAAAACGCGAUAAUUAUACAACGCCAUUGGCGUGGAUAUCGCGCCAGGAUGUUCACUAAUCAAUAUUUGAUUCAACAUGUUCAGCAGAUGUGGCAAGAUUAUUAUACUAGUAUGGCGACGAGGAUCCAAGCUGUUUGGAGAGGGUACUGGAUUAGAAAGACGCAAAUAAACUUUGUACAGUUACGACGAUGGUUGAAAAACAUUUAUAUGAAGAACGAUGAAACUUUAAAGAACAUGAAAAAGUAUGUUUACGUGUAUCCAUUGUUUAUUCUUGUUAAUGCGUUAUUUUUUUAUAGAUUUAGAUUGAGAGAACUCGAAUAUGCGGAACAUAUGACUGAACAAGAAGCGAUAUUUGCGAUUUUAUACAUCUUAUUUAAACUGCAUCAUCUGUUGGGGACCAAAUGCUGCCCAGGUGUCAUUACGAGAAUUGAUAAAACUCGUUUUACAUACAUCGAAGAAAUGUUGAAGUGUCUCGAAUACGAUCAAUAUGUACCCAAAGCAAAAGCUAUUUGCAAAAACUGUCAAAUCGAUCGUAAACCUUCUUUAAUUUUUCGUGGCACUUAUUUCGAGAGAUGUAAAAAAGAGAUUCGAGAGUUAGAGAAAAGUUUACAAACCGGGAACGUAUCCAUUUUUAGAAGUAUAGCAAAUUAAAUUAGCAAAUUAAAUUAUGUGAUUAUAUGUGCCAAUCUUUCAAAAAUUUUAUUCUAUCUUAAUUUUAUAAAUAAAAUUAAAUAUAUAAUGUAUCAUUUUAAAGAUAAUAAUUAUUUUCUUCUUUCCUACAUUUUCUUUUUAGAUGAGCUUUUCCAAGAAAGAAAUGGAAAUAUCAUUGAAAAUAAAAUCUUAGAUUGUCAGCAAAAAUACAAAAAUUCCUCAAAAUGUAUGCAAAAUUAUGCGCAGAUGCAACCAAAUGAAUUGUACAAAGCUAUUAAUAAAAUGGACUGCCAAAUGCA